UUUCCCUGUAGCCAGUGAAGGUAUCGUUUGGCGUGUUUUCGUCAUCAGCGAAGCUUCUUCUGUAACGUGCAGGAAUAAAUCUAUUGUAGUGAUGUUUGUUGUUUCCCUGCAAAUAUGGACUCUCAGAAUUCAUAUCUCAACUGCGCCAUAUGCCUGGAGCGUUUCAGGUACCCUGUGACCAUCCCCUGCGGCCACACCUUCUGUAAAGACUGCAUCAGCACACACUGGGACACCAGCAGCAAGUCUAACAAAAGCCCCCAUUGCCCCUUCUGCAAUCAGGAGUUCGCGUCCAGACCGGUUCUGAAGCGAAACGUGUCACUGUCGGUGCUGGCCGAGUCUGCCAACAGUACCGGCCCGUCCUGCAGGGAGCCUCUGCUGAGGUCAGGGGAUGGGGCGAGGACUUUGCUGCUCUGCGAUCGCCACAAGAAGCCCCUGGUUUAUUACUGCAGGCAGGACAAAAUGCCCGUGUGCUGCGAAUGUGGCAUCACUGAAUGCGCCAAUCACGACAAAGUCAUGCUGGAGGCAGAGAAGGAAAGUCAAGAGCUGUUGCUUGAAAGAAAGAGUAAGGAAGUGGAGAAACGGCUUGAGGACACACAAAAGAGCAUAAAUGAUUUGGUGGAGAACAUCAGUCAUGCUAAGGUGACUCUAGAACAGACUUCGUCUUGGAUGAGGGCCAAGUUCUCCUCUCUGAUCAAGAUUCUGACCGAGAAGCAGGAGGCCACGGAGCUGUUCAUCGACCAGCAGAAGGAGGAGGCCAUCACGGAGGCGCAGACGCGGCUGGCCUGCCUCCAGCACCGCUCGCAAAUCCUCCAAGUGAGCCAAGCCCAAAUAGCGGCUCUGCACGAUCUCUCCGACGCCGACCUCAUUAGGGAGUCGACGCGGGUGGAAGUGCCACGUUUCAGCGACGUUCCCACAGAGGUGUCGCCAAACCUUCUUGAUCGGCUGAACGGCGUCACAGACGUUCUGACUCGAGUCUCCAAGCUGGUUUGUGAGGAUCUGGAGAGAGCCGUGUGCACCACUGUGCUUCAGGACAACGACGGGUCUCCUCAGGACAAGAGGCCAGUACUUGCUGUGGUUCCCAGUCCAGCUACUCCGUGCCUCCCUGGUGGGAAGGAAAGCCUCAGUGCCUAUCGGUGCUCUCUGACGUUUGACCCUCGAACGGCCAACGAACACCUGUCUCUGUCUCAUGAGAAUCGGAGGGCAGAGCACCUGACCUCCGGUCCGCGCCCAGUCCCAGCUCACGAGGCUCGCUUCGACCACACCUGGCAGGUGCUCUGCUUCCAGGGCUUUAAAAAGGGACAGCACUACUGGGAGCUGGAGGUGUCCAAGCCUUGGGCCUACCUCGGGGUUACUUAUGAAACCAUCCCCAGGAAGGAGAAAGGGAAGCGGUGCAUGGUGGGUAUGAACGAACUGUCGUGGAGCCUCCAGCUGGACGAGCACCAACUCUCCGCCUGGCACAACGGCCGGCGGGAGACGCUGGUCGGCCACUCCCAUCACAGCCGCAUCGGCAUGCUGCUGGACUACGAGGCGGGGACGCUCACCUACUACGGCGACGGACAGACGAGGCUCCACGCCUUCCACUGUGCCUUCACCCAGGAGCUGUUCCCCGCCUGCUGGAUAGGGGAGGGAGUCAGCAUUACCCUCUGCUCCCCGUGAGCCUCCGGCUGAUUCGACACAGAGAAACUCAUUUUAUCUAUUUAAAAAACUUUCUCCCCUUUCUGGUUUGUGUUACUCUCACCACUUGGUGGCGACAAACUCUGAAUCCUUACAUCUUUCACUCCAUUUCAUCUAAAUGGUUUUAUGUUUCACACGUCAAAGAAAUCAACUUCAAGGUGUCUCCAGAUCAACUCGUUAUGCACCCAGCUGAUCCUCGUUUACAGCUUUUAAUGCAGGCAGAGAAGACUGAAGAAAAUGACUCCAAUGUGUUCAAACAUGGGGGUUGCCAACACUUUAUACAAUUCUUAUUUUAACUUUUUUGAAAAAUAUGUUUACCAAGAGGAGCGCAAUGACAAUUCUCGCUGUUGGUGUUUUGCAUUGACAGGACAAUUGUGAUGUUUUCAUGCAUUAUUCAAGAUGCAGCUGGAGCUAUAUCUACACAACGGACUGGCUAAUGAUAUGCUGCCAAUUUGUGCUACAAAGAGUUUCAAUUUGUCUGUUUGAAUUAACCAGCUUGAAAGGAACACUGUCAUUUGCCUUCCUGCUCCGAUAUUGCAUACAAUCAUCUUGGGCACGAAUGUGAUGCUAACCAUCUACAUUUAUCCAAACAUCUCAGUUUUCAUCUCCGACCGUAAAAAGUUUGUGCAGGAGAUGUUUAGCUUGUCCAUGUAGACAGCUGGAGGUUUUGGUUGGUUGGUUUAUUGAUUUGUCAGAAUUACCUCAGUUGGUACUGAUAGGUUUGUAGUCCAGAAGCUUCGAUGUUCAUCCAAGCAGGAGGGACAAUGAUCCUAAACAUGUCAAAACUGGAGUCUCCAUUCAUUGCCACUUUACUUGUUAAAGAGCAACUCUUUCACCUGCUGCAAAUAAAAUCCAUUUUUGUUAACAGAUUUUAAAAAGCACUGCUGAGAAAAGAGCUCUUGGACUUUGAGCAUGAAAGCAGAAACUGAUUCCUGCAGUGUGAUGUUGGAAUCUACGGCACUUUCUAGAUGUUUUCAGCACGUUUAUGACAACCAGUCAUGUUUUUUUGUUUGUUUUUUUAAGCACUUUUGCUGAGCUACGCUGUCAACCUUUGGCAUGUUGAGGUACUUGAGGCUCAGGAUUUAUAGGGAAACUGCUGUGAAUAUGCACAAAACGCUGCAAAAGAUGGAAUCAGAGCACUUUUCCUGACGUAGAAGCAUCAAUCUAGAAUGAGUUUCUCUUUUCUGUUUAAAGUAGAAAUUUUAAAUGUGACAACAAUCCUGACUGGAAAUUAAAAAAAAAAAAGCACUCCCUGUUUCAUGAGUUAAGAGCCAUUUAUUAAACUUCAAUCUAAUGCGCACAUGCUUCUGUUGAGAUCAUGCCAUUUGUUUGUUUUUUCCAUAAUUGAACCAUUCUACAGUAACUGUUCAAUAAAUUAAGUUUGAAAUACA